GGGGCCCCUCCUGGCGCCCAGCACCGCCUAGAGGAGCGACGCACCGCCUGAAUCUGCGCUGCUUAUUGGCGGAAAAUCAGCUCGAAAUGUCCGCCAAAAUGCAGAGGGGCCGCCCUCUGCUGCUCUGCAGGAGGCCCCUUUUCUGGUUGGUCUGGCAGAACCGUCCCCGCUCCGCGGACAUAUAAAGGAGGGCUUUGCCAGUCGGGGCCACAAUUUCUCUGAGUCUCGACUUUAGAAAACAGAUCUAACCAUGAGUGGAAGAGGUAAAACCGGCGGAAAAGCCAGAGCAAAGGCAAAGACCCGCUCCUCCCGUGCCGGGCUCCAGUUCCCCGUCGGCCGUGUCCACAGGCUCCUUCGUAAAGGGAACUAUGCUCAGCGUGUCGGCGCCGGGGCCCCCGUCUACCUGGCGGCGGUGCUGGAGUACCUGACCGCUGAGAUCCUGGAGCUGGCCGGCAACGCUGCCCGCGACAACAAGAAGACCAGGAUCAUCCCCCGUCACCUGCAGCUGGCCGUCCGCAACGACGAGGAGCUCAACAAGCUGCUGGGCGGAGUCACCAUCGCUCAGGGCGGCGUGCUGCCCAACAUCCAGGCGGUCCUGCUGCCCAAGAAGACCGAGAAGCCCGCCAAGAAGUAAAUCUGGAGACUAACUGCUGACCCACAGCCCCCAAAAAGGCUCUUUUAAGAGCCAC